AACCGGGACGUGAGGCAAGAAAGGCGAAAAAAGAUACUGAAUCCGAAGGAGAAUUAAGCAAAGUUGAAGAGCGAGUAACAGACACCGCCAGCGGGCGGUCCAACGCCAACUUCAUUUACGUCUGAAACGCAGUUGAAAUAAACGACUUCACGACACUGGCGGAUUUCCUAAAAAAUAUCCAAUCCCUGUGGCUAACGAGCUGGCUCAGCUCCGGUGGCGGGAGCGGGAGGACUAAGAGGCGUAUUGGCGGAGGUGGUGGAUUUGAAAUCGGUGGCCAGGAGAAGCGCCCAGUCAACGUUUACACGCUCCAGCAGCCGCAUAAAUUUCCGCUUCAAUUGGACGUGUACGGUGGCGGUAAUUGUAGCCGCCAGGAGCUGGACAGGAUCCACCAGCCCGGCACGGCAGUGGCAACAGCAGGAGCACGACAGGAAUCAACACUUUUCCCAACCAAAAAUCGACGCCAGCUGCGUAAGAGCUGUGACAGCAGCACCAACCCAGCAGCCGAACAAAUUUACGAAACCAAAUUUAUUGAAAGUUCAAUGGCCCAAACAAUGGACGACAUGGUCUUUCAGUGCAACAAUCAAAAUUCGAUUUAUGUCCUUAAUGCCAGCUAUAGUGCAUAUGGGGACUUUAGCACAUAUGCGGCAACAACGCGUGAAAUAAAUGGCAGCCGGAGCAGAGUGGCGAAUCCAAUCGAGGCAACUUGCUCGAGUGGCGUUGUGCAACAUAAAUUCAAAACUUUUGGCAAUUCCAAAGCAACGGCAGUAGCAGCAGCAUCCGCAUCCGCAUCAGCAGCAACCACAACAACAUCAACAACAGGAACUGGAGCAGGAGCAGGAGCAGGAGCAGCAGGAACAGCAGCGGAAAGCGCAUCAAACUACGUAAAUCCUGUCGCUACAUCAAUGUCAACCGCAAUGUGUUCACCGGCAACGGCGGCCCUGCAAAAAUUGUUCAAUUGCAGCGUCGGCGGAGCCUGCCAAAAUGUCACCCACACUCAAGCCCUGGGCAGCCACAACAACAACCACAGCAGCAUCAGCAACAGCAACAACAAUGGGGGCAACAACAAUAGCUGCCUGUCAGCGGCAGGCAUAGGAGGAGGAGGUGGACAGAAUAGCCGGAAUCAACAUCAGAUCCGGAGCCGUUGCGGGGAGUCGCUGGAGGGCACAGCAAGUGGGCCAUCCUCAGGUUCGGCAGGAGCAGGAGCAGGAGCUAGCGGAGGAGCCGGAGCCACAACGGCGGGCGGCCUCCCCCCACUCUUGGCCAAGAAGAAAUGCACCAAUGUCAAAUCAGCGCUUAUUGCCAAGAAGACAAAGUUUCUCAAAUAUCUCGAAGAAGAAAAAUGGCGCAGCAACGCAGCAGCAGCGCCGGAAGAUGCUGGUACCGUCAGCAAUUGGGCGGAGCCUCCACCCAGCCGGAACAACAAUGGCGGGAACUUGAAAAAUCAGAGCAUCAGUCGCGAACAGGCCGGAGGAGCAGGGACUGCAAAUGGAAAUGGAUGUGCCAUUGGCAGUGGCAGGGGCAUGAGCUUGGGCAGUGCCAGUGGCAGUGGAAGUGAGCAACGGCAGCUGAAUAAAUUGAACAACUGGAGCAUGCAUAAUGAGGACAACAACGCACUGACCACCUCCCAGCAACAACAGCUCUACCAGGAGGCAGCCGAUAUUUUGGGUCUAAGCUGCAGCCUCUGUGAUAAUUGCCGAUGCCUGGACUGCCAGAGUGGUUACUUUGACUGUGACGACGACGACGAGAGCUACUCGGAGCAGUCGCUGAUGGACGAUGAGUUCGAGUACGAUGAGUACGAGUACGACUGCAGUGUGGAGGAGCUUCAGGCGAUGCUGACAGCUGGAGGCGGGGGCAGCAGCGGGAGCGUCGUGGGACAGAAUUGGAAUUGGAAUUCCCCGACCAGCAACCCAUGCUGCCAACUGGACACCCACCUGCAACUACCGUCGGACAAAGGUGAUUCCCAUGCCGUAAACACACAGCAGCACACAGAACAGGAGCCAGAGACAGAGCCAGGGACGGAGUUGGGGCAUGUCGGACAUCGGGUGGCCAUUGAUUUUGAUUUAAUUAACGCCACUUGCAGCCAAGUGCUGGAAAAUUGUGAAACAUUCAACGAUUUGAGUUUGCUGGAUGCCGCCACAGCCGCCGGAGUAGAGCGUCCAUUUACGUAAAUCAAGGUAUCGAAUCCGUGUGUGUUCCGGGGGAAAGAGAUUCAGAAAUCGGACACUGCAGCUAAUUAAAGAUUAACGCCCGCCAAGGCUCAUUAAUUGCAACUGACACCUUUAACAGUGGCUGCCAUCCCUGUGUGUGUUCUGACACACGCGCCCCGAGCUGUUUGCAUUUAAUUUAUUUUCUUAUUUAAAUUGAUUUAAAUUAAGUUCCCAAACGCUAGAAGGUAAAUAAAGAUAGAUAUCGAAUGAACUACACGAUUUGCUGGUUAAAUAGAUAGAUUUCGCUGCCAUAUGCUACAACGUACAUAUGUAUGAAUCCUAGACCCAAAAUAUGAUUAUAUAUACUAGUGUAUAUAGUGGACUUGCUGCAAAAUUUAAUUUUGAUUGCGCAUCGAGUUGGUAAACAAACAAAACGCAAAUAAAUUAAUUGCGAAUUUCGAAUUUCAAUUGAGAGAGCGUAAAUUCAAUUUCAGCGAACAACAGAAUGGCUGGCAGCGGAAAUUUGAAAUUCAGUGAUUAUUAUCAGUAAAUAUAUAUAAAAUGGCAUUAAAACCAGCAAAUAAUAUCAAAAAAAGGAAUUCGGACAUAGCCGA